AUGGGAUCCAACGUUACAUUGCUCUUGUUGGCAGGAGCCUCGUUCGUCGUGUCACUGACUACCUUUAUGGAAUCACGCAUGGUCCUACUCGCGUCGCACCGUACGGUAGAAGAAGUUGUGGCUAUCGAAUCGAAUCUGGCUGAUCUUUACAGUAGUAGACUCGUCAGCACGGAACAGUCGCUUGGUGCCCGUUUGAGCGAGACCAGUUGCACACUAUCAGACAUAUCCUUUGUCCGAAAUCUAUCGCUUUCAGUUUCACAGCCAACUUGGCUGGCUUCCUUUCCCGGUUCGGGCUCCGAAUUGCUCCGCGAACUCGUACAAGCCUCCACUGGAUUCGCCACGGACGAAGUUUACAACCGCGACACGGACUGUCAGGACUCCUCCGUGAUCAUGUGCAAAACGCAUUGGCCCUUGCGCAUCGGUGGUGAUGCCCGGAAAUGGGGUGCUCCACCGGUGGCCCGGGCUCCUCGUUUUGCCAGUGAUGUAUUCGUGUUGGUCCGCCAUCCGGCCGAAGCUUUGCCAUCCUUUUUCAAUUACAAGUGGGAAAUGCAGCAUCACGUUCAAGAUCAUUCGCAACAAGGGACCGAAGAGGAAUGGAAUGCUUGGAGGGAUCGACGUUUCGAUCAAGAUUUAGAAAAUUGGAAGCGACUUUUAAGGGUGUGGGCGACGCAAAUGACACCCUACAACGUGGCGCACGUGAUUGCUUACGAAGAUUUGGUGGAUGAAAGGAAAGGUCCUCGUUUGUUUCAAACCAUCACUGAACAUCUCCAAGCCACCGUUUCCCGACCCAUAUAUGGAUUUGACGACCCAGAAAAUGCCUUCAACGACAACGCCGUUACACAAUGGACGUGUCUAUGGAAAAAGAUAGUGCAAGAACGGGCAGCAAAGAAGCGACGCACUCGAGGGUAUCAGCCAUCGUACCAUCUGCGGCAAAAGACAGCUUUGAUCCGAAUCCUGCAGGAGGCUAUGGACGAGCUGUCCGACUACCCCCUCUUUCUACCAAUUUUGCAACGCUACAAGGACGAUACGGAACGUAUUCUUGUCUCGCAAAGUUAA